AUGACCCUAGAGCAGAAACCAGCUAAAGGCACAAGCCUAACAGAAGCUCUUACAGUGGAUCGACAUGCUAGCUCAGCAAAAUUUCUAAGCGCCCAACCGCGCAGUCCGGCUGGCCGAGGAACGAAUGUUCCGCUCGGCCAAACCGUAUCCGUCCGACUGAAGUCUCGGCCAAAGUCCAAAACCACUCGGCCGAUCACGCAUCACGACCCGGGAAACUCAAGCCCGCGGUCGGCCAAGCAAACGCCACGCCACGCCGCGCACGACCAAAGCGCGCGAGCCGGGAAACGCCUCGCGGCCGCGCAACUCUCCGCGUACCACGGCCGAUGCAUCCGUCCGACCGGGGAAGAACGCCCACGUCCGGCCGAGAAUUUCAUCGGCCAAAUCUCAAUCCGCUCGACCAAGCCGACCGACCGUGAAUCAUCCGGCCCCGACCGUUCCGACUCGGCCACAACCCGAUUGUCCGGCCGAUCGUCCCGCACGACCGUCCCAACGCCGCGGUCGACCCGAAGCCCUUUUUGA